GAGAGAGCGUCCGAUUCAACGAAGAUCGCGCGCGUCUCUCAUCAGUGCUUCGGCUCACGAGGACGUGGACCUGUAGGAUCGCCAAUCGCCUCCGGCGGAAAAAAAGCACGUGCGUUCUUAAUUAAUAACCGCGAUCGAAUCCGAGAAAUCGAUUUGACGAUUCGCGUGUCGGAAAACAUGAAAAUUAUCAAUCGCCAUUUUCGGGAACACCGAGGGAAGAUAAGCGACUUGUGGGACGAAGUUGCGUGCUCGCGUUUUAUCGAUCGAAGCAACAAAUCGGAUUCGAUCUGUGUCGCGUGAUACGCUGUAACCGAGAGAUAGAUCUCGGAGUCUCGCGCGAUGUCUGCAGCGCGCAACGGAAGGGACGCAGUAGUCUGAGCGUAUCGCUGGCAGGGGGGUGGGAUCUAGAUCGAUACGUAAGGCAGCCCGGACGCAGCGUCGCGCAAAAAUCGCCGAGAUGGACUGCUGCAAUUACAUCGAGGGUUACGCGGCAGGUGGUCACUUUUAUCAGCAGCAGCAGCAGCAGCAGCAGCAGCAGUACUUUUGUUACGACAACGGUAGCGUAGCGUACACCGGCUACGAUGCCGCGCCGAUCUCUAACGCGAUCGACAUUAAUGCUCGGUACAACGGGGCGAUACCACCUGCGUAUCCGACAGAUUACGUGUAUAAUCCGAAGGAGGCGAGGCUACGGAAGGCCAUGCGCGAGCAGACUCGCGAGCUGUCACGGCGGUCGAUCUUGCAGAACGCGAUCGCGACUGCGAACGCCCGCACGGCCGCGAUUGGCGGCACCAAUUCCGCCGUUUCUAUGGCCGGCUUCCUGAAUCAGCAUCACCGUUUCGAUUGCACGCCGAUGCCUAUGGGUCCAAACGUGAGCCCUCAUCAGACGGUCGAGCCCUGGUUUCAGGCCGCGCAUCGCAUGAAACCCGCGCACUCGCCGCGAAUUGGCGACUGGUACGGGAAUGUUUGCGGCGACCCGAUCGAGAGGCUACAAGCGAUGGGCGCGAUGCACCAGCAUCACCACCACCACCAGCAGCAGCAGCAGCAGCAGCAACAACGCGAUCUUGAAAAGCCCAUCAAGGACCAAAGGAGCCAAGCGGCGGAGUGCGCCGCAGCGUCGUUCUCUAACGGCUACUCGCCGGAUAUCGCGGAGAGAGAGAUCCGCCGUCAAGAAUCCGCGGCGGAAUACGCGGACUUCGCCGAGGGCCAGAAAUGGCACCCUUAUCAGAACAGUGCGAGUCCUCAUCCACUUCCGAGAACGCCUCAUCCAUCACCGCAAAUGGGUGGCGUUCUUCACCCGAGUGUCCAGAAUACGAACGCGCAUGGACACGGUCCAUGGGGCCAAUUUUGUCACGGCAUGCUACCACACGUUCCAAGUGUGGCUCGCAACGCGGCGAGCAUUCGGGGCCCGCGGCACGCAGUUUUCCUGCGGGACCGCACCCCGACCAGGCACUGCGCAUUUUUGGAGGACGCGUCGCCGAUGAAUUAUGCGCCGAGCAAAUUGAACAUUGAUAGCAUUCGCGCGUCUUAUCCGCCGUCGGAGCAUCAGAUGCCAAGGUUGCUGGGAUCAACGGUGGACUCCGUCAUAGACUCGACGACGACGACGACGACGACGACGACGGCGGCCAUGGGUCGGCGCGAGGAGGACGGCGGGACUAGGUGGGAGCCAAAUAAUCCUGGAAUGUCUCUGGAACUCGUGCCAACCUCCACGCCGCAGCCGGAAGGCACGGUCCCGCGCGAGAAGGAGCGCGAGCCCCGGCACUCGAGCGAGCGAUUCGAGCUGAGGAGGAAGCCCGUUUCGAAGCAGCCACUUCCGGGUUUCCAUCAGGCCUUCGGCUCCACGGAGAUCGGCAAGUUCUCCAGGUCCGAGUUCUUCGUGAACAUGGUGGGCGAGAGUAGCAGCAGCGGCAGCGUUACGGCGGACGACGGCGACGGCGCCGACGGCGGCGACGACGGCGACGUAAGUAGGGAACAACCACUGUCGGAAGCAAUGGAGGACAACGGCACGGCGGCGGCCGCGGCCGCGGCAGCCGCGACCGCAGCCACGGCGGCCACAGCGGCGGCCGUCACGGCCAGCACGACCGGCGCCUGCAGGAUUUUCGACGCCGAGGACAGCCAGGCCGCGACGUUCGCCGUCGGGGACGACGACGCCGUUGGCGCGCCGCCGCCGCCGCCGCCGCCGUCGGUCGGCGCCGGUGCGUACUGCGGGGAACCAGCGGCGCCGCGCUGGCACAGUCCACACGUAGGUGUUAUAGGUAGCGAAAUUUAAACGUGAUCGGCUGCGGUAUCCGCGUACCCGUCUUCGCGACAUUCUUUGCCAUUGUGGGAUAUCAUACGUUCGGGGAGCAUUGGAAUUUUUAUAUUUUUAGAUUCAGUUAGGAGGCGAAAGGGUCGAAUUUUGUUACUUAUCGCGAUUUCAAACGGCGAUUUUUUGACGUAAUUUUGGUGGUACUUACAAGUAUCGUCGGCGCGGUGCAGAAUACCGCCGCAGAUCGAUUUCAAUAGGACCUUGUCCUCGUCUUUUUUUUUUUUUUUUUUUUUUUUAAGGCUAAAACGGUUCCCGUAGCUUUCCGACGCGUGACAGUUUGCGAUAGGGUUGACUGGCGAUGUAUUGUAUCUUUAAUAGAAAUCAGUUACAGGUGUAACAUUGAUAGUUGUAUUGAUGUGUAGCGAAUUUUGGUAACGAAAGAACUGUCCGUAUUUUACGUUGCAUAUGCCAACAUAGGGGACAUAUCCAGAAAUUGAAACCGCUGUAAUUUGUUUGAAUUUAAUCGCCGAUGUGAGCCUUAUGUUUAUUCGCGACAAUGAAAUUUCGUACGACGACACGAAAACACCAAAUCUUCGAUGAUCCUGUAACGUCGGGAAUCGAGCUUUGAAAUCGCGUCGGUUUCAACCCCUGGAUUUGUCUCCAUGAUGAAACCUCUGUCGGAACCUACAGCGCCGCUUGGAAAGUAAAAGCAGGACACGCGUGUCAUGCGUAGCGAAUGCAAGUGCAUCGAUUGGCGAAAGCUGUCGGGGAUCGAUGUUGGCGUACGAAACGUCCCGACAAACUGCGAACGUUCGUCGAGAUUGUGCCUUCCAGAGGAUCGGGGACGCGUCGGGGAGUUCUCUCGUCGAGUUCUCUCGCCUUAUCGAAAAUCAAAGCAGCACGAUACACCGCGUCUCGUAUGCCAAAAGGAAGAUAUAAUCAAAAGAAAUAACGCCGAGACGAUCCGAUACUCGAUCGGCACCUUCCAUCUCUGUUGUUAGAUAUCGUCGGUGUUAUACACGUCGACAAGUGAUUAUAUAAAUAAAUAUAUAUAUAUAUAUAUAAUACUCGUGUGUAAUAAAAAGGGAACGAAAACGCGCGACGCAAAGAGAGUAAGUUAUUUAGUAGAUUCCUUAGGUCGGAACGUAUUGCCGCGCGGAGAAACGAUCAAAUAAAAGUGGAGUACGCCUGCGAGCGUAGGAAGCCGAGAAGCCGACAGGUAAACGCUCUUCCGCUUCUGGAAAAUAAUUGCGAAGGGGGAUGCACGGUGGUUCGUGUUAAGAAUCUGCAUUUGAAUAUCUCUGCCGAGUUUUCCCUUCUCUCGAGUCAUUUCAAAUUGACUAUGCAAUUAACAUAAUUAAACGAUUUUUUUUGCAUACGUUGCUAAUUAGUUUUAGUUGAUUAAUUAAUGAAAUAUAAUAUACGUAUUAUGUAUAUAAUACAUAUGACAUAUGAUAUGUAUUAGUAUGUGUAUUAAUAUGUGUAUUACUUAAUCAACUGAAUAUGUUAAUUGAUUUAAUUGAUUAGUGAAAUCUAUACUUUCAUAUGUUCAUUAUAUUUAAAACUAUUUGUAUUCAUAAGUCAGUUUUGCACAAAAGUCAAUUUUCUCGCAUUUUUCGUUUCUUUGUAUCGUUUAAUCUGUGUAAAGCAUAUUUGUCGGUAGAUUCUUAAUACGCGCUAGUAUUUGUAUAACUUGCGUCUAGUCUUAUAUCGACCAGUUAAUUGAAUUGGGGAUAAAUUCGUGCCGGAUACCUAUGAUGGGACCAAAAAUUGAACGAAAAACUUUUAUGUCGCGUUCACCGUCGCGCUUACGUCCUACGUAUGGUCGCGUAAAAAGAACUUCCCUCAUUCUGUUCGCGCGAUCGCUCGCGAGUGAAAGCAAAACGCCACACUUCCGCUCCGAAAUGUGGAAUAUAUUCGACCGAAUAGUACGACUACGUUGAAUGAAAGUAUAUUGAUACAUAUAUGUAUAAUUGAAAAACAAAUAUAUUCCACUUCUUGCAACGGAAUGAGCAUAAUCUCACGCCUUACAAAACAUAUUUAGCCGUCAAAUCGACGUGUGCGUGAAUAUCAUAAUCGAAAAAAUGAUGUUAUCAUCGUAGGACGAAAAUUGGAGUAAUUCUGAAUACUAUAGUUAUCGAUAGUAUGCGACGUCGUAAAACAAAAACACUUUCUUGACGUUGAUUGUACUGUGCAUGUUGAAGGAUACAGAUAAACUUUAAAUGAGAAAUACUGUUUAAUUAAUCCGAAGAACAUAAAUGUACGCUGUGUGAUACAAUAUCAUAAGCAACGGUAGCUAAAGGUGAUAGAACAAACCGACCUACAACAGACCUACAAUGUUUUAUGUAAAAUAAAUACCGCAAAUGUCAAGUUCUUUUUUUUUUCUUCGAGGCCGGGAGUAUUUAAGACGCAACGUCCUUUCAAAAUGGAAAAUAUGUCGAAUAGAUAAAUUGACAUUUGCGGUAUAAUUGUCCUGUGAUACGAGAUGGACAAGAAUUGAUGAAAAAUGUAUAACUUUAACUCUCAUUCGAUUGGAACGAUCGCGAGCAGUAUGACAAGAAUAAAAGAAACGGAUGUCUGUGCGACAGUAAAGAAAAUGGAAAACAAAA